AUGUCGAGCCCGACCACCGUCCUCAUAACAGGAGCUAACACAGGUAUAGGCUAUCAAACGGCCUUACAACUCCUUCUUUCCCUCAAUGACACCUACAAGAUCUUCGUCGGCGCAAGGUCAAUCGAGAAAUCACAACAAGCUAUCAAAGAAUUACGACAAGAUGCUACACAGACCAAGUCGGAGCUUGAACCGUUGGUAGUAGACCUGGAGGAUGAUGAGAGUAUCAAGAGAGCUUAUGAGGAAGUGGACAGGAAAGUAGAAAAGUUGGACGUUUUAGUUAAUAAUGCUGGUGUAUUACUCGAUAGUCAAGCCAAAAUACAGAACCUCUCCACCCGUCAACUAUUCCUUCAAACAUUCAAUACCAACGUAUUCGGUGUUCAAGUCCUCACCGAGAGAUUUAUCCCUCUCUUAUUGAAAUCUACUUCUCCACGCCUCCUAUUCCUCGGAACAAGUAUGUCAUCACUCACCAUCUCUGAAAACCCUAAUCCAUAUUUCAACCAUCCUCCUCCUGCAGGGUGGCCGAAAGAGAAUCCGGAUUCCUGGGCAUACAAAUCAAGUAAAUUGGCGUUAAUGAUGAUUAUGAGAGAUUGGUCCAAAACUCUAAGGAACGAUAAUGUAAAAGUAUGGGGUAUCAACCCAGGUCUUGUCGCGACGAACUUGGGAGGAAGUAAAGAAUUCCUUAAAUCCAUUGGAGCGGGCGAUCCGGCGGGAUCGGGUAGGUUGAUUAGGGGUGUUAUUGAAGGCGAGAGAGAUGGGGAUGUGGGGAAGUUGAUUGCUGCGGAGGAUGAUUAUUUUGGUAGUGUUGUACCAUGGUGA